AUGCGCAUCCUUAUUAUCGGGGGCAAUGGACAGACUGGCCGUUUCGUGGUUGACGAAGCAUUGCAGCGCGGCCACAAGAUUACAGCCUUGAUUCGAAAUCCCUCUACCCUAUCAGCCAGGGAGGGCCUAAAGAUAGUCAAGGGCACACCACUAGAACCUUCAGACAUUGAAACCGCUUUCAGCGUAGUCCCAGACGACAUCCCAACCGCCGUGAUCGUCACGAUUGGAUCUUCAAAGGAAAAAGGAACCCGGCUCAUGGCCGACACGCACGAAAACCUCAUCGCCGCUAUGAAGAGGCACGGGGUUUCCAAAAUUGCGACAUUAUCAUCCUUUGGAGUUGGGUCUUCUCUGCCCAACAUCACGGUGAUUAUGAGAUGGGCGAUUUCCAACACCGAACUUGCGAAUUCGUUUGCGGACCAUAAUCACGUCGACGAGAUACUCAAGAAGAGUGGGAUGAAGUUCGUGUUGUUGAGGGCUGCGAGACUGACUCUGGGGAGAAAAGCGCCUGUUCGGUUCCUGGGUGACGACGGGAAAGGACUUGGUCUUUUCGCGGGCAUGGGAGGUAUCUCGAGAAUUAGCGUGGCGGGGUGUCUGGUGGAUGCUGUUGAGAAAAGCACUUGGGAUGGAAGGACUCCUGUGAUAACGCAUUGA